AUGGACACGUCACAGUUCUAUGGAGGCAGGUCACGUCAUCAUGAUAUGCUUGAGGAGGACCUCAUGCCUGUUCCUGAUGACCCUGACGAUGUUGUUGUGAUAAAUUUUGAUAGUGAUGAUGAAAAUGACCCUGCAUUUAGUCUGGUCGAACUUGAAGAGGAAGAACUUCCACCAGAUGUCACAGAACAAGAGGAUGCUGCACCCUUACGUGCUGGAGGCGUGCGAAGGCAAGAUGCAGCACCCUGGCGAAUAGUUGGAGAUGAUGCCUCUCCGAAAGAUCAUCCUGAGUGGCUUGGCAGUAUUCCUUUAGCUGAGGAACUUCGCCAACCAGUGGAAUACUUCAGAGAUUUUUUUGAUGAUGAGUUUUUAAAGUUCAUUGUGACACAAAGCAAUUUGUAUGCAACACAACAAAAUGUAAACAAGCCUCUGAAGCUGGAUAAAGAUGAGUUGGAACAAUUUCUAGGGACUGUCUUUCUUAUGUCCUUGUUCAAAAUAUCUAACACUAGGCUUUAUUGGAGUGGGGUGCUGGAAUUCGAUUCCGUAUCCAAAGUUUUCAGUAGAAGGCGAUGGGAAGAAAUAAAAAGCUCUCUACAUUUCAAUGACAACACUCAGGCACCUGACAGGACUGGUCCCAAUGCUGACAGGCUUUUCAAGGUUCGCCCACUACUUGACCAUUUGCAAUCAAAAUUUCGCAGCAUCCCAAUGCAACAAAUGUGCUGCAUUGAUGAAAUGAUUGUUCCCUUCAAAGGAAAUUCUUACCUAAAGCAGUACAUCCCAUCCAAACCACACAAAUGGGGUUUCAAGGUAUUUGCUUUGUGUGAUACCUCUGGGAUCUUGAAUGACUUCCAUGUUUAUGAUGGGCCCCUAAAGCCAGUCCAAGGUGAACCGGAUCUGGGUCCAUCAUCCAAUAUAGUUCUGCAGUUGGCGCGCACAAUCCCAGUAAAUGCAAACCAUUUGUUAUACCAUGACAAUUGGUUCACAUCUCCUAAACUAAUGGCUCAUUUAGCAACGAAGCAGAUCUACUCUCUGGUGUGGCGCAUCAGCAAAGCCAGGGUUGCCAUAUACCAAAAUAUGCGUCUCGACGAGCUCUAUCUGGUGGUAUACGGCAACCCUGGAUUGGAGGUACCAGUGAAGAGAGAGGAGGCUUUGAAUUUUACCGGACCUCAAACACUCAGUCUGGUCCCGGUUGUGGACAGGGAGGGUGUGGGUGCGCGCACUGAGUGUUCCCGAUCGGGUCCAGUAGCCAAGCUGCGGCCUCCCUGCACAUUAUUGUGA